AUGAUUAUCUCUCGUGUAAGUGUAAAUUUACCAAACUUAACACAUCACCUUCAGUGUGGCACUGCAGCGAGUGUUAUUAGUCACGGGUACAGGAGUAUUCACGGUGUUGCUAGCUUAGAUACAUCUUCUGUACGAGCGAAUCCAGAAAUUUCUUCAAAGAAACACAGAUUUUGGACAGCUGUACGUCCUUAUAGCCAAAAAGCUCACUUCUAUAAUGUCGAUAGAAAACGUCCACCUCCGUCAGAUGAACAACGCGAUUCCGACAAGAAACACUCCGAGGACCAACUGUUCCAAAUGUUCAAGAACAAGGAAACGAACACGGUUAAUAUGGGAAAAUUCCUGGCGGAAUUGCGAACGAUCGGCAUUCGAAGAACGGAUCCGCGCAUUCAGGAGAUGAUGGAAAAUCUGAAGCGUGUCCACAAGCUCAAUAACUACGAGCACGGAUCACCCCACACCCAGCAUUUGAAUGAGGAAACAUUCAAGGCCGUAAUCGCACCGAACAUUGUACUGAUCGCUCGUGCCUUCCGUCAUCAGUUUGUCAUCCCGGACUUUCAGGGAUGCACCAAAGACAUCGAGGAGAUCUACUGGAAGUGCAAGAGUAACGCCGAUGGUAAGGUGGCCAACUACAUCCCUCAGCUGUCGCGCGUUAAUCCGGACUACUGGGGCGUUAGCGUGUGUACGAUCGAUGGUCAAAGGUUUUCGAUCGGUGACACUUCGGUGCCCUUCACACUCCAGAGCUGUAGCAAGCCUCUCACGUAUGCGAUCGCGCUCGAAAAGCUGGGAGCCCAGGUGGUGCAUCAGUACAUCGGUCAGGAACCGAGUGGACGCAACUUUAACGAGCUGGUGCUAGACUACGAGAAGAAGCCGCACAAUCCGAUGAUUAACGCGGGUGCAAUUUUGACCUGCUCGCUGCUGAAGACGCUCGUCCAACCGGAGAUGACGUUGGCUGAAAAGUUUGACUACGCGCAGACCUGGUUCAGUCGCAUGGCGGGUAAUGAACCGCUCGGGUUCAACAAUGCUGUGUUCCUGUCGGAACGUGAGGCUGCUGACCGAAACUACGCGCUUGGGUUUUACAUGCGCGAGCACAAGUGUUACCCGGAGAAGGCGAACCUGCGCGAGUGUAUGGACUUCUACUUUCAGAUCUGCUCGAUGGAGGCCACCUGCGAUACGCUCUCGGUUGUGGCGGCCACUCUCGCCAACGGUGGUAUCUGUCCGCUGACGGAGGAGCGCGUUCUGCAGUCGGAAAAUGUCCGUGACGUCCUGUCGCUGAUGCACUCCUGCGGUAUGUACGACUUUAGCGGUCAGUUUGCGUUUAAAGUGGGACUGCCGGCAAAAUCGGGUGUAUCGGGCGGCGUAAUGCUAGUCAUUCCGAACGUGAUGGGUAUGUUCAUGUGGUCACCACCGCUUGAUCCACUCGGUAACAGCUGUCGCGGUGUGCAGUUCUGUAAGGAGCUAGUGGACGUGUUCAACUUCCACCUGUACGAUAACAUCAAGCACGGUUCGAACAAGAAGGAUCCUCGACGCCAUCGGUACGAAACGAAGGGUCUGUCGGUGGUGAAUCUGCUGUUUUCCGCCGCAAUCGGUGAUGUUACUGCACUGCGCCGUCACAAACUGUCCGGCAUGGACAUUACACUCUCCGAUUAUGACGGUCGAACGGCGCUACAUCUGGCAAGUGCCGAAGGACACUUUGAGUGUGUUCGGUUCCUACUCGAGCACUGUGGCGUACCGCAUGAUCCGAAAGAUCGCUGGGGUAAUCGACCGAUUGAUGAGGCGGAAACGUUCGGCCAUGAUGACGUGGUCACGCUGCUGCGACAGUGGGAAGAGAAGGUUCAGAAGGCUCAAACGUGUGACGCCAGCGAAACGGGCUACAACUCCGACCAGGAUAGCGAUGCGUCCAGUGGAAAAGGACCCAAAACAUCGAAAGGAUCAGAAAUUUUAUCCUAA